ACUCACGCCGGCUCUAUAACCCAGGCAGCUCAGUUGUACCUGAGCCUUCCCGGGACUUUGCAACUUUCGCUUCUGUUUGACUCAAGUGACAACCUAAAUACAUCAUCACGACCCCGCUUUUCGCUCCACAAAAGCGACCGACACUUCAGCUUUUCUGCGCUGUCGGUAAAAAGGCAAUCGCAACCUGCCUCCGGACAAGCGUCCAACCGCCGCGGAUAUCACGCCGUGCCAUCCCGACGACGCCCACGCUCACGCAACCACUGCGCAUCUAACAGCAACUCUGUAAAGCUUGCAUGUGAGGCAGCUCCGCCUUCCGAGCGCCCGGCGCAAACAUGAAGAUCAAGAAGCAGGCUACUUCGCGACAUGAGUCUACUCUGUCGUCGAUGAUAGCAGACUUCGUCAAGGCAACCGAGUCCAUACCCUUAUUUCAACUGCCCGCACAUCUCGCCUCGUUCCCCCGGCACUGGCCCUUUCCCCGUGGUGAUGCAUAUCACUGGAUCCCUGCGCUGAACCGUUUCGACCACAUCCUCGAGCUCUUCAACAAGGAGUAUGCCCUGGUGGACGGGCCGCAGACACAGCCUUUUCAGCGCCGGCUAUUGCUCAAGGGCGAUGUCGAAGAAGGAAGCCCCAGCUCCAACCAGACCACGACCGACGCCGUCCUCGAUACCCUGCACGUAUCCAAGGAUGGCGACCGCAAGCUGAUCGAGCAGAUUCUCAACUUCACCCGUAUGCUCUUGGAAAACUGUGGCAAUCGCAGCUUGUACUCCAGCAGUGAACGCCUAGAUAAGCUGCUGAACACGACGUCCAUAUCUCUUCUCAAGGCUACUCUGCGCCUCGGCCAUCGUCUUGCUCAGCGCUAUGCAGCUGCCCGCAUGCGCCUGGCACCCGCUACACUCCACCCAUCUCUCCUCUCUAGCCACUACAACAUCAACCUCGACAAGGUCCAGAAGCUAGCUAGUCCUUUCGCAAAGGGUCCCACAACAGCAGCGCCUCUGUUCGGCACCCCGUCAGCCAAGGGCAAGGACCGUACCGGUAGCACUGAUAGGCUCAGUCCCUCUGACUUGGUUGGCAUGUACUCUCUGUCCGACUCGUCAAUGAAGCAGGAGUUUGGUGGUGUUCUCAUUUCGUACUACGAGUCCACCCCCUCGGCCGAAGAAGGCAGCAGCAAACCGUCGUCUGUAGAGGCACCCGUGCCUACCACGCCAACCCCGGUGCGGAGAACAUCGAGUAUGGGGCCGAGUCGGACACCUCGACAGGCCCAGCCUGCACCCGCUUCCGAUUCGCCGAGCACGUUAGCCAUCACCCCCGGACAACCUAGCAGCAGAACAAACGGACCAAAGACGUUCGAGCUGUUGGCCGACAAGGUCGCUAAGAGCGAUAUCCAUGACCUGGUUAAAGAGGGCCUCGCAAAUCUGCCAGAGGCUGUGCACUACGAGUUCCUUCACAAGCUCCGGGUUGCUUACAUGUUCAACAAUGGACGUACUGGGCGUGAUGAUGCGGUCGCUAUCCGCCUCCUAGCCAUUGCCAAUAUGGGCUAUGUACAUGUUGAAAAGGAGUUCAUGGCGAAGCUGGGCCAACAAGACGCGGAAGAACCACGCCGGCUACAGCUUGCCUACCAGCUUUCCGAACUAGUUCACCCGCCCGGCAACGCUCCUGAUAUUUGCACUGCUCUCGGCGUCAACGUUAACCACGGUGUGCUGUUCUACGUCGUGCGCAAGCUUGUUGCUGGACUGUACGAGGAGACUGGUAACCCCGACGAUCUGGACGAGUAUGAGUGGCGCGAUGCUCUGUUUUCGCUUCUGAAUACCCUACCCACCUCACAGACACGUACCGGUGAACAAAUGGUAGCUGCAGGUCUCUUAGAGAUUCUUGUUGAUGUCCUCAAGCUUCGUACAGCAAAGGCCGAGCGCAAUCACCCAAAGAUUCUCAACUUUCUUGAUACAUUCGUUUACAAUCUGCGAGACGCCUUGCCAGCACUUGUUGCUGCAAAGGGCCUCGAGAUCAUUUCUGAUCUUAUGCAAUACGAAGUCGACACCUCCAAGAAGCUAGCCGAGGAGGACAAAGGCAUGCCCAAAGAGUACAAGACUCAGCUUACUGAUUAUCAAAUUCCCUUCUAUCAUCAACAGACUCUCCGCUGGCUUUUCAAGUUCCUCAACCACAUGAUGACUCAUGGGGUCGGCAACUUAGAUCGAUUGAUGCGAAACUUGAUUGACUCACCACAGCUGUUGAGCAGCCUGCACACAGUGCUCUCGAAUGCAAAGAUCUUUGGUUCAACUGUUUGGAGUAUGGCUGUUACAAUCUUGACCAGCUUCAUUCACAGUGAGCCUACCAGCUAUCAAGUCCUAUCCGAAGCAGGGCUUAGCCAGGCCUUCUUGGAGACAGUUGCUGGAGAGCCCGCUUCGGAAUCUACGACUGCGGCUAAUGAUAGUGAGAGUGCUUCGACCUCGACAUCAUACCCACCACGCAAAGAAGGAAAGCCACUUGCUGAGGGUAUUCUGCCUGUUGCUGAAGCCAUCUCCACAAUUCCACCGGCCUUCGAUGCGAUCUGCUUGGCAGAAGCGGGUAUGAAGCUCUUCCAAUCGUCCACUGCCCUCAAGCGCUUCUUUGAGAUCUUUGAGAGUCCUGCUCAUAUCAAAGCACUCGACGCUGAUCCAGAGAUGCCCACCAUGAUCGGAAACUCGUUCGAUGAGCUAGUACGCCACCAUCCGCCACUGAAGGCUCGUGUUCUUGCGUGUAUGAGCGAGCUGAUUGCUCGUGUGGUCCAACUCUGCGCAGACAAGGCCGAGAAGGACGGCAUUGGAGCCAAGUUAUGGACCGAAGAUGCCGCUGGAAAGCUUGCUGUUGCAGGUGGUCGCCAAGCACUGUGUGGUUCUCGUCAACAGCUGAUAACCAGCCAAGCCUCCGACAAGGCUGGUACAGAUGUUGAAAUGAAGGACGCCGAUGAAGCUGCCAACGAGGUAGUUUUCAUCGAACAGGUUACCGAGACUGAAGACAACACCAAGGGACCUACCACAAGUCAAUACAUCCGCGUGCUUUGCCGAUUCCUCUCAGGGUUCUUCUCCAACCACGCAAUGUGUGCUGCCUACAUCGAGCUUGAUGGUGUCGACUCGAUUCUCGACAUUUCUAAUCUCGCUUGCCUAGACCCGAAGCCCAGCGAGAAUCGCAGCAUGUUUGAGCAUUUUGGUCACGUCGUCCAGGUCCUUGUGGAGCAGAAACCACACAUUGCUGUGCCAUCCCUUAUCAAGCGCACACAGCAGGCUCUGGAGCGCCUCCAGCCACUGCUCGAUCACACCGGCAAGCAAGCUUUCUUCGCUCCUUUCACCAGCGCUGGCACUCCUCAAGACAAUGAGCAUGUGCAGCGUGGCACGCAAUAUGUCAAAGCCCUUGUAUCUGCACAUACUCUUGUUGGUGCCAUGACUUUGACAUUCCAGAGCCAGAUGUACAGCAACCGUUCUGCGCACAACGUUUCCAGCCAAAUCAAUCUCGCAGAUAUGUAUGCACGCCUUGUCGACAGCCUUGGCAAGCUGCACCGUAGCUGCGUCUGGGAAGAACUUCUCCUCCAACGCAACAUGCCUACUGAGUGGGAGAAGGAGACUCGCGUCGCCAGCUCUGGAUUUGGUAAUGAUGAAGCAGACAAUGUCUUCCGCAUCGGGAACAGUGCCACUGAGCCAUCAACCGGAACAGAGACUUCCGCUGCUUCGCGCACAGCCUCUGAGACUGCUGCUGUGAGCCAGAACAGUGCUAGGUUCAAGAAUACACAGACUCUGCGGAAUCUUCUAAGCAAGAUCCCUACUGAAAUUGCGCCGUUCUUCCAGUCGCUCGGUAAACUACUGCUCUUCCGUCGUAGCUUGGAGCCGUAUCAACGACAAUGUGCUACUAUUGUGGCAGACCAACUCGCCCAAGCAGUCAUUGACCAGCUCGAGUACGAGGGUCCCAAAGACUCGGAGAUCAUUGAGGAUCGUUAUGCGUACUGGAUUGUAGUACUUACAUCCUUAUCGCAGCUCAUUAUUGAGCCUCAUGUGGAUCGACCUCAGGCACUGACUCUGCUACUCGUGUCAUUCCGUAAUCUGGGUGGCUUUGAGGUUCUUGCGAAUAUUCUCAACCAGUUUUAUGAAUCGGCGCUUGAGAUCACUCAAAAGCAGGCAGAAGAGAACAACGAAGAGUCUAAGCGACUCCUCAACUUAUCGCUUGGUGGUAUCAAGAUCAUUCUUGCUUUCUUCUCUCAUAUCAUCAAUUUCAAAGUAAUCGGAGAGUCACCACAGACUGCGUCGAUGCAGAGUCGGUCAGAUCGUGAUAAGGAGCGGUCCGACUUUUUCUUGACGGCCCAGUUUCUCGUAGAGCUACGUUAUGCAGUCAUCCGGCCUGUUGAGAAAAUCUGGAAUUCAGAGCUCAUUGACAAGGCUACUACGUCCAUCGUAAAGACGUCCAUCAACAUCCUCAAGUCUGUCCUUGAGUGCGAAGGCGAGGGCGGAGCCUUCAAGAGCAUCGACAAGAUUCCAAAGCGCAGCAAGCCAAUCAUCAAGCCAUGGACCCCUCGUAAUCAGGAACACAUCCCCCGAUUGAGGGAAAUGCAACACGAAGAGAGCCUUGCCGAAGAGGCGCUUUAUCGCUGCGCUGAUAAUUUCAACAUGGCAAGCGAGUAUUGUAGGAACCAAGCUCGUCCGCAUGUUUCGAGGAACCCGAUACCGCAGUACGAGAUUCAGACUCGAGGUCCACCAUCUGCAUCACCAAGUAGAGCUGAGGUCGUGGUGCCCGAGCACACGGAUGAUGCUAGCAUGACUUCUAGUGAGGUUACGCGGGACGAGGAUGAAUCCCGGCACCCAGAGACCCAGUCUGUUCAGAUGGAGGAUGCCGAUGCUUCUGUAGCUACACAACCGGAACCGCCUAGUUCUGUUACGCCUGUACCAGCAGACCAGUCCAAUCUGCCGAUUACCGCACCGCACGAUGCUCUUGCAUAUCAGAAGCGCAUGGCUGUAGGCAAUUCAACCGAACUCGUUGCCCUGGAUCAACUGGACGAAGAACGAUUCAAACUUCGACAGACCCUUGUUGAUCGUUCUCUUGACGUGCUAAACUCUCAUGAGGAUGUCACGUUCGAGCUUGCAGAUCUGAUCUCUGCCGCAGUCUCAAAGGCACCCGAGCCAGCCUCUAUGCGUUCAGAUAUUGGAAGUACGCUUGUGCAGUCUCUCAUAUCGCUACAGAGCGAAGAUGACUUCCGUACCCAGAGCAAGAAGAUAACAGCUUCAGCGCACCUUCUGGCCUUGGUACUUCAAGAGAGGGAGUUCUACGAUGUUAUUGUGGAAGAACUCAAGGACAACUUCACAAUGCUUCUGGGAUUCAUCAAGAUUUUCCCAGAUCAAUCUGCCGAAGACUCUUCUCCUUGGAUCGGGCAGGUGUUGCUCAUUAUCGAGCGAUUGCUAGCCGAGGAUCAACUACCGCAGCAGAUUGCAUGGACCCCGCCGACUGAAGACUCCCAGGAAGAGACUUCAGUUGACCAACUACCUGAGCCCAUCGUGAGUAUGGAGGAGAAAGACAAGCUUUUCAGUGCCAUUAUCGAAAUCCUUCCUCGCAUUGGCAAAGAGGAGUCUCUGGCUCUAUCGGUGACACGCGUGCUAGUCAUGCUUACUCGGACACGCAAGCUUGCCAUGCGUCUUGCAGAGAAGCGCAAUGUCCAGCGACUGUUCCUGAUGGUCAAGCAACUUUCUGGUAUCACCAACGAGGGAUUACGUAGCGCUUUCAUGAUUGUCCUCCGUCACAUGAUUGAGGACGACGAGAUGAUCGGACAGAUCAUGCGUACGGAGAUCCAGCAGAUGUUUGAGUCACGUGAUCGAAGGCAGACCGACACGACUGGAUAUACCCGUCAAAUGUAUGCACUGGCUAUCCGCGCGCCAGAGAUCUUCGUCGAGGUUACCAAUGAGAAGCUCCAAUUGGCUCGAGUCGAUCCAAAUCAGCGGCCGCAAACCCUUGUCCUCAAGAAGGUAGAGCCAUCUCCAACUGAGGUGACAGACACCAUUGGAUCCUCGGAAGUCGUCUCGGAAGCGGACAAGCCCAAGGAAUCCAGUGAAGCGCCGAAACAGCCAUUCCUCGAGCGAACAAAGACAUCUGACCUCAAGGUACCCGUUGUUGAGAACCCUGAUGGUGUCAUUCACUACCUCCUUUGUGAAUUGCUAGCCUACAAGGAGGCUGAAGACAAGCCUGAGCCACCCAAGCCAACUGAGAGUGCACCUGAAGGACAAGCAAGCACUCAAGCAAGCACUCAAGCAAGCACUCAGUCGGGUUCUGAAAUGACGCCCAUUCCUACUGCUGCUUCCUCUGAGCCUGCCAAAUCCGAGAAGCCUGUUUUCAAGGCAGAUGCACAUCCCAUCUACAUUUACCGUUGCUUCAUCUUGAAGUGUCUGGCAGAGCUUCUGCAGAGCUACAAUCGCACAAAGAUUGAGUUUAUCAACUUUUCCCGAAAGGCAGACCCUUAUGCUGUGACACCAUCAAAGCCUCGUUCCGGCGUUUUGAACUAUCUCUUGAACAACCUGGUUCCUAUCGGCACCCUGAACCCCGAAGGCGAUCUUGCAUUCAAGAAGAAGUUGGCGACGUCAAACUGUGCAAUCGAUGUUAUUGUUUCACUAUGCAACAAGACAGGAGAGCAUACCGUUCCCAAGACCGAUAUACCGCUGUCGCCAUAUGUGGAGACGGAGCCAGACUUGCUGUUUGUACGCAAGUUCGUCCUAGAGCAUGCUAUCAAGGCCUUCAAGGAUGCAAAUGCUUCGGAUGAGCCACUGGAUAUGAAAUACUCGCGUCUCUUGAGCAUUGCAGAUAUAUUCUCCAAGAUGGUCUCUCAGCGUCCGAAUGGAGAGAUGCUCACCCAGAAUGCGGAACUCACGCCAAAUCUCAAGCAGAUGGCCAAGAUUAUGUAUGAGAAGAACUUCGUUACGAUCCUGACAACGGCAAUCUCAGACAUCGAUCUCAACUUCCCCAAUGCCAAGCGAGUGGUCAAGUACAUACUAAAGCCUCUGAAGUGGCUGUGCUACGUGGCCAUGGAUUUAAGUAUGCAUUACGAUACAUCCUCAGCCCCCGAUUCUGCCGACGAGUAUGAAAUCUCAACAGCGUCUGAUGAUGACCUUGUCGACAACACACGCGAGGAGACGCCUGAUUUGUUCCGCAACUCAACACUGGGCAUGUUUGAGCCACCCCACGAGUCUGAGUCUGACGAAGACUCUGAAGGUGAAGAAGGCGAAGAGAUGAUGUACGACGACGCAUACGCAGACGACAUGGAGUAUGACGAAGCUGAUAUUGGUGACGACGAUGUUGUCUCAGAUGAAGACGAGGAGAUUAUGGAGAUGGACAUUGAUGGCAUGGGUCCGAUCGAAGGUCUCCCUGGAGAUGUUGACGUUGAGAUUGAGCUUGAUGAUGAUGAAAACGGCAUGGGCUCGGCCUCUGACAAUGAGUCUGAUGAUGAUGAUGACGAUGAAGAUGGGGACGAAGAUGACAUGGAUGACGACGAAGGUGACGAUAUGCAUGAUAUGCAUGAUAUGGAGGAGGCGAUGGACGCCAUGCAGAAAAUCACAGGUGACGAUGACUACGCCAGCCUUGGCGAAGACCAAGAAGAUGACUGGAGUGAUGACCAGGACGACUUCCCUGGGGCAUCAAUCCAGGCCCAUACAGGCCAGCUUCUUGAGCAAAUGCGCCAGCAAGGUGGUCCAGAUCUCGACGACUUCUUGGAGGAUGGAAUCGAGGAAGAAGACAUGGAUGAUGAGGAAGAGGAAUACGAGGAGGACCUCCACUAUGACCCCGGCAUGGAUGAAGACGAGGAAGGCCUACCGGACCUCGGAUGGGGGGGCGGCAGCUGGGAAGACCAACCACCACCCGCUGUCAGGCACACGCACCGUCUGAGCCCAUGGAUGUUCCCCGCUGGUCCAGGCGAUAGAAUUCUUGUACCAGCCUACCGUUCCCAUCGCCCGGGAGCAGGGCCUCGAGUUACUGACGAUGGCAUCAACCCUCUGCUCCAGCGAGGUGCUCGAUCGGAACGGGAUGGCUUCAUACGCAACGAAGGCAACAGUGACUGGGUCCAUGCUAUCGAAGGUCGUGGUCCUCGUAUGUUCACUCACGCUGACAGCCCCGUCUCUUUCAUCAGCAAUCUCCUGAAUGCCAUGAGCUCUGGCACUGGUCCAACACUGCAGCAGCAUGGCGGCGCACUUCACCUCUCUUUCAACAACACCAUAGGCUUGCCACCAUUUGAUACUGGGAUGCGUCGCGACAUUGCACGGAUGCGAGAGUCAUAUACAUCGCGCUCAGCGCGUGAGGAUCCACAUUCUGCAGUGGCCUUUGUGAAGGCGUAUACUGUCUCACGCUGGCAAGAAGAGGCUAGGAUACUUUACGGCCCUGCUGCAAUUGAAAAGAGUCAACGAGUAAUUAACUCUAUCCUCAAAGUCAUGAUUCCUCCAGCAAUGGAAGCGGCAAGAAAGCGUCAAGAAGAGCGCGAGGCUGAAGUAGCUCGCAAGCUCAAAGAAGAGCAGGAAAAGAAAGAACAGAAGGAGCGUGAAGAGCGCGAGAAACGCGAAGCUCAGGAGAAGGAGGAGCGUGAGCGACAAGAGCGCGAAGCUGCUGAGGCUGCAAGCCGGGCACAAGAACAGCCUGCCACAGAAGAGGCCGCAACCGCAACCGCAACUUCGUCCGAAGCACGGCCGAUGGAGGGUGUUGAGGCAGGUCAAUCUUCUACUGCAUCUGCCAGCGAAGAGCCCGCGCCUGCGGCACCUGCUGCGCCAACUGAGCCGCGGAUCAUGACUACCAUUAGAGGACGGGAGUUUGACAUCACCGACUUGGGCAUCGACGUCGAGUAUCUGGAUGCUCUUCCAGAGGAACUGCGCGAAGAAGUCUUGAUGCAGCAGGUGGCUGAGCGUAGAGCUGAACAGCGAGCUGAACAACGAGCUCAAUCGCGACAACAGCGACAGCCACAAUCUCAACCACAGGGACAAGAAGCAGCUGAGCAGGAAGGAGAUGCAUCUGGGGGCCUACCUACGGAUAUCAAUGAGGAAUUCUUGGCAGCGCUUCCGGAGGAGAUUCGUCGCGAGUUGCUUGCUCAAGAAGCCCAGGACCGCCGCCGUCGUGAGCGUGAGGAAAACCGUCGUCGCAAUCAAACGAACGCUGCUGCUCCACAAGCAGAAGAGAUGGACACUGCAAGCUUUUUCGCAUCCUUGGAUCCCCAUCUACGAGCUGCUGUGCUUAUGGAUACGGAUGAAGACACCUUGCGGCAACUUCCACCUGAGCUUUCUGCAGAAGCCAGGGCAAUGGGGGGUGAUCGUCGCCUGCAUCAGUUCAACGAUUUCGGCUAUAGGCGUAGUGACCGUAGGGAUCAGCCGGAAGAUCCGACACAAAAGAAGAAGGCCCGUCCUUGCGUGCAAAUACUCGAUAAAGCGGGUGUUGCAACCCUCCUUAGGCUCAUGUUCAUUCCACAACAGGGCAGCGCCAAAACCAGUCUAAGCUCGAUCCUACGUUAUGUCUGCGAGAACCGCCAGAACCGCGCUGAAGUCAUCAGCAUCCUUCUUUCUAUUCUCCAGGACGGUAGUGCUGACGUCAAUGCGGUUGAGCGCAGCUUUGCCCAGCUGUCGAUAAGAGCAAAACAGCCCUCACAACCUGCGGACAAGACUCCAAAGGUCUCUAAGAAGAAUGGCGCCUUGUCUAUCAACCCGGAUGUUUCCCCACUUAUGGUCGUUCAACAGUGUCUUAACACGCUCACUCAGUUGACUGAAAAGAAUCCUGCUGUCUGGUCAUUCUUCUUGACGGAACAUGAGACCGGCGUCGGAUUCAAGAACCGCGCCAAUCGCAAGGGCAAAGCCAAGGAGAGCAAGGCAAGCAAGUAUCCUGUAAACGCAUUGCUUUCUCUGUUAGACCGCAAGCUCAUUGUUGAGAGCUCUACUAUCAUGGAGCAAUUGACAACGCUGCUGAAGGUCAUCACGUUCCCACUGCAGGUUCUCAAGAAAGACAAGGAAAAGGCUGCCGGGGAAGCCAAGAAAGAAGCUGAGAUUUCUGCAGGAGGUCAGAAUGCAGGAGCUGUGGAAGAGGCCCCUGCACAAGCUGGGGCUCAGGGUCAAGAUACCGAGAUGACAACGGCUCCCCAGGCUACAGAAGAAACCGAGAUCGCUGCUCCCGAGGGUGAAGGCAGCACAUCCAAACUUGACGAGUCGAGAUCCGAGGAUGAUAAGGCUAAGAAACAUCGUUCCCUUACACCACCCGAAGUUCCAGAAGCCAACCUUCGACUUGUUGCCAAGAUUCUAGCCGCUCGGGAGUGCAACAGUAAAGUUUUCCAGGAAACUAUAUCGGUCAUCAGUAAUCUGUCGCCAAUUCCAGGCGCCAAGGAGAUAUUUGGACAGGAGUUGCUAGGCAUCGCGAAAGACCUUGCUAUAUCGUCACUUCAAGAUCUCAAUAGCUUGACGGUCCAGGUGUCAAAAGCGAGCUCGCCGACUGAUGUGCAAGGCAUCGCUCUCGCAAAGUUCUCCCCAGCAAGCUCAGACCAGGCUAAGCUACUGAGGGCGCUCACUGCGCUAGACUACCUCUUCGACCCGUCUCGCGACAGCAAAGAUAGACCCGAGGCUGCAGCAGAGGCCCUUGAGCCGGCUCAGAAAGAAGACAUUCUUUUGACCCUAUAUGAAGACAGCGCUUUUGCGCCCCUGUGGGAGAAACUCAGCGAAUGCCUCACAGUCAUUCGUCAGCGCGGCAACAUGCUCAACAUCGCCACCACUUUGCUUCCACUGAUUGAGAGUCUCAUGGUCGUGUGCAAGAACACCUCUCUCAAGGAGCUACCUCUCUCCAAGAUGCUUCCCAAAGAGUUCGCCUUGUCUAGCCCGCCACCUGAGAACAAGAUGGAGAACCUGUUCUUCAAAUUUACAGAAGAGCAUCGCAAGAUUCUCAACGACCUUGUCCGCCAGAAUCCUAAGUUGAUGACUGGUAAUUUCUCUCUCCUGGUGAAGAACUCCAAGGUCCUGGAGUUUGACAACAAGCGCAACUACUUCAACCGGAAGCUGCACUCUCGCGGUCCCGAUCGACACCAUGUACACCCACCGCUGCAGCUCUCUGUUCGCCGUGACCAGGUCUUCCUUGACAGCUUCAAGUCGUUGUACUUCAAGUCAGCCGAUGAGAUGAAGUAUGGCAAGCUCAGCAUUCGUUUCCACGGUGAAGAGGGUGUUGAUGCUGGAGGUGUCACUCGAGAAUGGUUCCAGUCCAUUUCACGCCAGAUGUUCAACGCGGACUACGCUCUCUUUGUGCCUGUUGCUUCGGAUCGCACUACCUUCCAUCCUAACCGACUGAGCUCCAUCAACCCCGAGCAUUUGAUGUUCUUCAAGUUCAUCGGUCGCAUCAUUGGCAAGGCGCUUUACGAAGGCCGUGUUCUUGACUGCCAUUUCAGUCGUGCGGUCUACAAGCAAAUCAUGGGCAAGCAGGUCAGCCUCAAAGACAUGGAGACGCUUGACCUCGAGUACUACAAAUCUCUGGAAUGGAUGAUCCACAACGAGAUUACGGACAUCAUAACAGAGACCUUCUCAGUAGAGGUUGAGGCUUUCGGCGAAAUGCAGACAGUCGACCUCAUCGAGAACGGCCGUAACAUCCCGGUCACUGAGGACAACAAGCACGAGUACGUUCGCCUCAUCACGGAGCAUCGCCUCACAGGAGCCGUUCAUGAGCAACUUGAAAACUUCCUCAAGGGCUUCCACGACAUUGUCCCAGCUGAACUGGUCUCCAUCUUUAGCGAACAAGAGCUCGAACUUCUCAUUUCUGGUCUGCCCGACAUCAAUGUAGACGAUUGGAAGAACAACACGGAGUACCACAACUACACAGCCGCCUCACCACAAAUCCAGUGGUUCUGGCGUGCCGUCCGAACGUUCGAGAAGGAAGAGCAGGCCAAACUGUUGCAAUUUGUCACUGGUACAAGUAAGGUGCCGCUGAACGGAUUCAAAGAGCUCGAGGGCAUGAACGGCUUCUCAAAGUUCAACAUCCACCGUGAUUAUGGCAGCAAGGAUCGUCUGCCCUCCAGUCAUACCUGCUUUAACCAGCUCGAUCUUCCUGAGUACGAGACCUAUGAAGAUCUCCGCAAGGCACUGUACACUGCUAUGACUGCUGGUGGCGAGUACUUCGGCUUCGCCUAAACCUCGCCUAUAUGGCAGCUCAUUCAUGAUUGUGCUUUUCGAAUACAUGUUACGACUGUUUGCAUUGCAGGCGCAGGAGGGUGUACGGGAUAUACCCAAGGCGUGGCGAAAGGAGGCACUGGAGCAUUGGUAGGGACGAGAGUACAUUCACUUCUAUGUAUGAGUAUUGGUGGCUUUAACUAUUGCGGUCAUUUUCGAAAGGGUUUGAAUGGGGGAAUGCCUGACAGUGUGAUCGAGCAGAUAGAAGGAUUGGGAGUGCAGGCCCAUGUCCUUUCUUGAUGUAAGACUGGGCGCGAGACUGGAGAGAUCAGACACGAAAGUUUCUUUCAAAAUAUUCGUUCGAUGACAAAAUUCGGUAGUAGAUAGAUAAUCAAUGCCUUUGGUCUGA